GCGCGAGUCAGGAGUCGUUGUGCUGCGUGGAGGGGCGGUGGUCCGCGGUUAACGCGUGUUAUCGAAAACAAAAGUCUGUCGUUUGGAUUUCUAGGACGCUGGCUUAUAAACUUCUUUUUAAUUUACUAAUCGACACGCAGAUAAAUCUAAGUGUGCGCGAAGUCAUUAUGUAAUGAUUAUUGCUCUGCACUAUGCGAGUAGUAGUUGAGUAGUAGUGGGUAAAAGCCGAAGCGAUUUCAGCCAGAAAAGAGGGCUUGUUUCCUCCACGGUUGUUCUUUAAGAGUUGAGCUCUUGGCCAGCGCGCUUGGAGUGUGUUUAUUUCGGAACUCCGCGGCACUUCGACCCGCCAAGACGGCCAGGCCUGCGAUGGUGCACAGCAGGGUGGAGCCUUCGUCCAUGGCAGGGGUGGGGGCGAGUUCACCCCCCAGGGGAUGCGCAGGCUGCGGGGGCCGCAUCGCAGACCGCUUCCUGCUUUUCUCCAUGGAGCGCUACUGGCACACUCACUGCCUGAAGUGCUCGUGCUGCCAGGCCCAGCUGGGCGACAUCGGCACCACCUGCUACAGCAAGGGUGGCAUGGUGCUCUGCCGGGACGACUACAUCAGGCUAUUCGGACACAGCGGGGCUUGCAGUGCCUGUGGGCUAUCCAUCCCUGCCAGCGAGAUGGUGAUGAGAGCCCAGGGCAGCGUGUAUCACCUGAAGUGCUUCACCUGCGCAACCUGUAGGAACCGGCUGGUGCCGGGGGACCGUUUCCACUACGUCAACGGCACAAUCUUCUGCGAGCAGGACCGGCCCAGUGGCACGUUGCUCAGCAGUCACCUGACCCCUUUGCCUGACCAGAAGGUCUGCUGAAGUGGCUUGGGUCCAUCUCCAUACCUGCUCCCUCCUCCUCCUCCAUCCAAGCAUAUCCUUGCGGUCUGUCGUGUACUUCCUCUGUCAUACCACCCCCCCCCCUCGCCCCCCACCCCCGUGGAUGUCAACGGUGGAUUAUAUCUCCUUAAUAUUAAAGGGUAUUCAAAACCAGCCACCGUCCCACCCGUGCACUUAGGCGAUCCUGAAAGACUGACUCUUCACGGAGAAGGCGGACGGCUGCUCGUCGCUCUCGGAUGUUUCAGCUGGUACCUCGACAUGCUCCCUGGAGAUCGCAGACCCACACGGACGUGACCUGGGCCAGACAAUGAAGCAAAGUGAGGUUCCUCUGACCCGCUCAGUGGCCAAAAGUCACGGGGACAACCUUGACAUGGGGAGACCUUUUAUCUGGUAGAUGGAACUCUGCAAGAGAUGAAAAGGACUGAACUGACACCCUGAAGGGGGGAGGGGCUGCAGGAUCUCUGAGCAGCAACAUAUCAGGAAAGUGAUCUGUGCCUCUUGCAGUGCAGAUGCAUCUGUCCUAUUUGGUGAGAAUUUUUGAGGAAAUCUGUAGAUCAGGUGAGCAUUUGGGUACUUGCUGAAAGGUUCUUGCUAUAACAUUAAAUCCUUGACUUAUUUUAAUUAUAAUCUUAAUGAUUUGUUUUAAUCUUUGGCCUAUUUCAUUUCUCAUUUAGUUUAUUUGAAUAGGGAUCAUUGAAGGAACAUUAAAUCAGAGGGUAUGAAAGACUGUACGGUCAGGUGUGAAUCGUUUUGUUCUGGAUGGCGCUGCCAUGUUGACGGACUUCACAGGCCUUUGUGAAAGGAUGAUGGUAACGGCCAACUGUACAAGUGUGAUGAUCUGUACAUAUUUUUCUAAUGCCAACGUGUCGUGCUGAAGUGAGGCUGAGUUCUUGUCUGUUCCAGUUUUUUGAUUGGAAAUUGAAAAAUGCUGUGAAACAGUUAAAUGGAAAAAUAAAAUGCUUAACAGACGUA